ACGCUUUGGUAACUAAAUUCUCAUACGUUUUUCAAGAGAAAAUAAUAGAGCCAUUAUCCCCUAUUCUGUUGCUGCAAUGAAUGGUUUAAGUGUUCAUCAACUCCAAUUCAUCUUUGGUCUCCUGGGUAAUAUAAUAUCUUUCCUGGUCUUCCUAGCACCUAUGCCAACAUUUUGGACAAUUUACAAGAAGAAAACAUCAGAAGGGUUUCAAUCUAUACCUUAUGUGGUGGCUUUAAUGAGUGCAAUGUUGUUGCUUUAUUAUGCUGCCCUUAAGACUAAUGCAUACUUGUUAGUCAGCAUCAACUCUUUUGGGUGUGUCAUUGAAGUUAUCUAUAUAGCACUCUACCUCUUUUAUGCUCCUAAGAAACAAAAGAUAUUUACAUUGAAGCUAUUCAUAAUAUUCAACUUGGGGUUUAGCGGAGUAAUGGUGGGAGGAACAAUGUUUUUUCUUCAUGGAAUGAAACGUACAAAUGCUGUUGGAUGGAUUUGUGCAGCCUUCAAUCUUUCUGUUUUUGCUUCUCCUUUAAGCAUCAUGAAGAGGGUGAUAACAACAAAGAGUGUGGAGUAUAUGCCAUUUUCUCUAUCUUUUUUCCUCACACUAUCAGCCACUAUGUGGUUUUUCUAUGGCUUCUUUAUCAAAGAUCUCUUCAUUGCUCUACCAAAUGUGGUGGGAUUUCUACUAGGAAUGGUCCAAAUGAUAAUGUACAUGAUAUACAAAGAUAGUAAAGGAAAAGUUGAGGAGAAACUUGAGGAAGGAGCCAAAUUUUGUGAAGAAGAUGAUCAAACUCUCUCAAUAGUCAAGACCCAAAGUGAAACAAAGGAGAUCAAUAUGGCUGAAACAAACCAUUACAAAAUUCAUGAAUAAAGGCACGAUAUAUCUUCAAACAAAUGGCGCGUUCGAUUGAGUUCAACCUACAGCAUAAAUUCAAAUACAACUUGGAGUAAUGAAGUAUGUGGAGAGCUAGCUAGAAGAUAGAAAAGAAACAAAAGCUUAUGUAGUACCUUACAAAGUUUGAGAUUAUUAGAAACUGGCAAAGCGGUACAUUUGCAGAGUAUGGUCACAAAUGGACGCCUUACAUCCAAUAACUGAAAAAACAAAAUUAGCAUCAAACAGUGAAGAAACUAAAACCAAAUGGAGUGUAAUAUUUCCAAGCACAUUACACACUCAUCUCUAAGGCAAAACAGGUACCUUGACCUCAUAUAUAUCUUUUUCCUCUUUAAACUCAACCCCAAUCAGU